CAGCGCGUCAGUUUUUCGAAAGUUGCUUUCACUAAAGUCAUUAAUUUGUCUUAAUAUUCUAUUUUGCUAAUAAAUAUGAGUAUUUAUCGAUCGAAAUCAGCACUACAACCCGAAUUGAAAGCGUGCAGGAUCUCUCGCCUACGACAUGUGACAUUCCUGUAUAUAUUUUUCGGAUUUCUCUUGCUGGCUGAACAUUCAGGGGCGUUCAGCAUAGAGACUCUGCAUCCCAGAGUUUUUAAAGCACCCGUGGAAGGCUCACAUUUCGGUCAUCAGGUUUGUCAUUUUGGCCCAGCUCAAGGAGACAGUGUGUUGGUGACGGCCCCUCACCUUGAUAAUGGCACUGGUGGUAUUUACAGUUGUUCUUACAGUGAUCAUCAAUGUAAACAAAUCCCUGUGAAAGUUGAUCCAGGCAUUGCAUUCGGCUUGUCCCUCACCUGUGAUGCCCAUCAAGCAAUUGCAUGUGGUCCUCGUUUGAUGCUUCAGUGUGAGAGAUUUAAUUAUCUCAAUGGUCAGUGUGUGGAGAUCCGUCCUCACUUUACUGUGGCUGACACACUGAAGCCAGCUUUCCAAGAAUGUCACAUUAUUCCCCCUCUGGAUGCUGUUAUUCUGUUCGAUGACUCUGGUAGUAUCUCAGAUGAAGAUUUCAAAAUGAUGAUCCGAUUCAUCAAGAAGUUGAUUGGCAUGUUCUUGGACACAAAAGCCCAGGUUGGAGUGGCGAAAUUCUCCACAGAAGUAUCAGCUGUCUUCCACUUUGAGAACUUUGCAGUGAAUCCAGACCCUGACCAGCUAAUGAAAGAUGUGACCCAGGCAAAGGGCAGAACAUACAUUCCUUCUGCAAUACGCUUUGUGUUAGAUCAGAUGUUUUCUGAGAAUGUGGGCAUGAGGAACAACUCUGAGAAGUUAUUGCUGGUGAUCACUGAUGGGAUAUCAAGUGACAGCGAGACAUUUGACAAUGUCAUUUCCAUAGCCACUAAACGAGGAAUUAAGAGAUUUGCCCUUGGGAUUGGUGAGGAAUAUUCCCACCGUGAGCUGGAGAAAAUCGCUUCCUCUCCUCAGUUUGUGUUUGAGACUAAGAGUUUCAGUGCUCUUACCUCGAUUCUGAGUCAGCUGAGGGAAAAGAUAUUCUCCAUCGAAGGGAUGGACACAGGGAAUCUCAGCUCUUUUCAGAUGGAAUUGUCACAGGGCGGCUUCAGCGUGGCCUCUUCUGAGGGUGUAAGGUUGUUUGGAGCAGUUGGGGCAUACUCAUGGUCUGGUGGGAUUGUGCAGGAUCUUCAUGACCAACUGAUCAAUUCUUCAUUUAUUAAUGCCACAAACAAAGAGGAGGACAUCCGGGACUCAUAUCUGGGUUACUCUGUUGCUGUGGCAACAGUGAAUGGGGAAGUUGUGUACUUUGCUGGGGCACCAAGACAUAGACACAAGGGUCUGGUGCUGGGCUUCACACAGAACCAUCAGAACCACAGCUGGACCAUCUCCCACAGGAUAUACGGAUUACAGCUGGGCUCAUAUUUUGGGGCAGAGUUAUGUGUCAUGAGUGUCUCUGGGUUGUUAGCAGUCGGGGUUCCUUUAUAUCACACUCAUGGAGUGGGGGGAGAGGUCCGUAUAUGCCCGUUGAACAUUGAGACACUGAACUGCUCCGUGUUUCUCCGUGGAGCAGUGGGGAACGAGUUUGGGCGGUUUGGUGCUUCUCUGGCUGCCAUACAGGACCUGAGUGGAGAUAGCCUUGAAGAGUUGGCAGUGGGGGCGCCUCAGGAAGAGCAGGGCAAUGGGGCAAUUUACAUUUUCUUGGGACAACCGGGAGGUAUCAGAAAAGAAUACAGUCAGAGAGUGAGUGGAUCAGCAGUAGGUAGUGGAUUGCAGUUUUUUGGGGUCUCUGUUCACUCUGCAGGCGAUCUGACUGCUGACUCUCUCACUGAUGUAGUGGUGGGAUCUAGAGGUGCUGUUACUGUGCUCAGAACUCAACCGGUCAUGUGUUUGCCCAUAAACACCACUGUUGACCCGCCAAUCAUUCCUCAGACAUUCUUCCAUUGCUCCGCUCCCCUUGGCCUCAACACUCCUGUUGCCACACUUACCAUUUGUGUCACCUUAAAGGAGGUUAUAAAGGGUAAUUUACAAGAUCCUUUCAGUGCUGUGGUAUCAGUGGCUCUGGAGCUGGACUCUCAGCUCAGGACCCCUAGGCUGUUGUUUGGCCCCAGGUCUGCCUCCUUUAUCUGGACCCCCAGCAGCAACCUCACCAGCAUUUCUUCUGUCUGCACUAAUCUCUCCAUCAGCAUCCCGGAAUGUAUAUCAGACUUCCAUGAGGUUCCUCUCUCUGUAAGGAUGAAUUAUACAGGACAAGUGAUUCCAGGAACAGGAGGCCUGAGACCAGUGCUGAGCCCUGACUGCCACCCUACAUUCACAGAGAUGGUGAUUCUGGAGAAGGUGUGUGGGGAAGAUCAUGUGUGCAUAUCGGAUUUAAAUGUUUCUCUCUCUUUUGUGAGCGACACAGUGGUGAGCACUGCAGGUUACCCUGUUAGUAUCUCAGUGGAGGUGACAAAUAAUGGAGAAGAUUCCACAGACACUGUACUGUUACUUCAUCAUCCCACCAUCCUGUCCUUCACCCAUGUCAAAGCGUCUAGUGGACUGGUGUUGUGUGUGUCCAAUCAGACUGAGAUCUCAAACGUCAUACACACAACAUGCCAGUUUGCAAGAGUUUUCCGUCAGAGAGUGAAGACCACAUUGAUGAUGUCAUUCACAGUAUCUACACCUGUAGCUGUAAACAAGCUCUUAGUUGUGAAUGCAUCAGCUAAAAGUAAAAACGAGAACAAUGACACCACGCAAGACAAUCUUGCAUCUACGUCCGUGGUCACCAAACUUCCUGUUAAUGUUGUGGUGAGAGAUGGAGGCUCAACUCGAUUUGUGAGAUAUCCUCAUAGCACACAGCUUGAACAUGUAUAUACGGUGGAGAACAUUGGUCAGUUGUCUGUACCUGUGAAUAUUACCUUUGUGUUGCAAGAGGACACGGGGUUAGGGAUUUCGCUGCGCUUGUCUCUACCUAAAAUAAAUGGAACUGGUGCAACCUGUGAAAAGCAAUUUGUCCCCAUAAAUGCUAAAAGCUUCAAUUUGAUACAGCUUUGUAAUGUUUCUACCUGUCAUCUGAUUGGUUGCACCAUAAACGUGUUGACUCAUGAUCAGCCAAUCAGCUUCAUGUUUACUGGAAAUUUCAGUUCAGGCAAGCAGGUGUCAGGUAUGCAGAUUAGCAUCAAGAGUUGGGGAUUUCUCUCGUUUGACAGUGAGCAGUUCAUCCAGUAUCCCCCCGAUGACUCUCACCAUCUCAGUAUUGUCACCGAGUUUGAGGUCCCAUCUCAGGCCCUUACAGUACUCAUCGCCUCGCUAUCUGUCAUCUUUGGACUCAUCGCUAUGGCGAUCAUAUUUGUGGUUCUGUACAAAAGGGGUUUCUUCCAAAAAUUUCCAACUGAUGACCAAGACAACCCUGUGGCGCCAUCUGCUGGUGAGGAUGAAUUUAGUACAGUCAACGCUGACCAAAAUACAUCACAAGUCCCUGCUGAGGCUAAUGGAGGAGCUGGACACAUCACUGAAGAGAAGUCUGUACUGUAGUUCGCACUCAUUCUUGAGGACUGAGGAAUAGCCAUUAUGACCUGUUUUCACUGUUCCGACGGAGUUCACCAGUCUGGAAAAGGCCUUGGAACACAAUCUCCAUUAUCCCUUGAUCUUUUGAGAUAAAAUAGGUUGGCAUACUAUGAACAUAUUAAGAACUCAAAACUUCCUUGCUAGUCCAAAAAGACAGUAUAAUGAAACUAAGCUGCAAAAACUAGGGAUGCACAAUCCGAUAGCUGGAUCGAUAUCGGCUCCGAUACUGACAUGUUUAAACAGAUCAGUAUGACGAAACCAAAUCCGAUACUGUGUGUUAGUUACUGUCAAGCUCAAAAAGGACAAAAGAACCAUUAAAACACCAGUAAAGUAGUUAAUAUGACUCGUACAUUUUAUUCAAAGCCACUUGAAGACUGUGUUUAAGAAGUAAAUAUCCAGCGGGUCAGUGAAUGGCGCUGCUCUGUUUACACACACUCGUGGCGAUUUUUAGCCUUCACGCGGUGCACAAUAUUUGAGCGCUGCUCACGUACAACAUCUCAGAUGUAGAUGCUCAAUAGUUCGGUUCACUUAUAUGAUGCAUUUAGAAUGGCUUAGAGGUGCAUUUUAUGGCUUCAUUUCUGCUGAUGACUUACACUGGAAUUACUGUUAAUUUAGCUGCUACAUUAUCCAACAUACUAGUUAAUAAUAAAGUGUAUCUUAAUAAGCUGUACAUUUAUAUUGAAAUAAUGUGUAGUUAGAGGUUUGUAUAUCUUUACAUUAUUGUGAGGAACUAAUUGGGGGUUCUCUUUAAUAUGUAAAGAUAUUCUAAACCAUUUAUGCAAAAAAAAACAACAACACUUGUAUCGGAUCGGGCAAUACUGAGAUUUCCGAUAUCAGAAUCAGAAGAGAAAAAGUGGUAUCUGUGCAUCCCUAGCAAAAAACGAUUCUGAACCAACGUAGCUUUUUGAUGAGACACAUGAAUACAUUAUCAAGUUAAUGAGGCUGUUAUUAAAGGAUGGGGCAGUUUAACACUAUAUUGAAGAUUGUUAUGAGCCAAAAAAUACCCUUUAAAGCCAAAAUAUCAUGUUCAUAUUUAAUUCGAUUCUUUGGAUGUAACUGGACACUGUACCAUUUAUAGUUUCGAAGUUUGUACAUGUAUUAAAGGGAUAGUUCACCCAAAAAUGAAAAUUCUCUUAUUACUCACCCUCAUGCCAUUUCAGAUGUGUAUGACUUUCUUUCUUCUGCAGAACACAAAUGAAGAUUUUCAGAAGAAUAUUUCAGCUCUGUAGAUCAAUGCAAGUGAAUGGUGAUCAGAACUUUGAAGCUCCAAAAAGCACAUAAAGCAAACCUAAAACUAAGGCACCAUAUGUGACUUUCAGAUGUGAAAGUGAAGAUUUAGAGUAAAAAAAAAAAGGACUUCUAUAAUAUUUCUUCUAUUUCUUACAUCUAUCAAAUCGCUUCAGAAGACAUGGAUUAAACCACUGGAGUUGUAUUGAUUACUUUUAUGUUUCCUUUGUGAUUUUUGGAGCUUCAAAAGGUCUUAUCACAAUUCACUUGCAUUGAAUGGACCUACAGAGCUGAAAUAUUCUUCUAAAAAUAUUAAUUUGAGUUAAGCAGAAGAAAUUCAUACACACCUGGGAUGGCACAAAGGUGAGAAAAUGAUGUGAAAAUUAUUUUAUUUCCUGCAGCUUGUUUUUUUUUUUAUUAUUAUUAAUUGAGGACUUAAUAUACAGAUGAAUGUGCAAAAGGAAAUAACAUGUUACAUGAUUUUAUUUAAUUGUUUUGUACUGAAUCCAUUAGCAUUGAUCUGUUGUUACAUAAAUAUGAAAAACCUUUUUCUCAGGGACUAAAAAUGGUUACCAUGUAAUUUUCAGAUGUUCCAGUGUAAAAACUUUCUUUUUAAAUGCUAGUAACCAGUUAUAACUGGGUAAUUUUUUUAUGAAGUCAAAGGGUUUAUCACAGUACAUUUUUGGAACUACACUUCAUGUUGCCUGAAAAAACAUGUGAUUUGAUCAUGAAGGAAACCGCAACAUCACACAUUUAUUUGCCUUAAUGCACGUUGCGGAUGAAGCAUUGAAUGAAGACCUUUUUAACAACAAUGUAUAAUUAGUACAUAUACAUGCACGGCUAAUCCAGAUACAAUGAAAAAUGUAUUAGAGGUUAAAAGUACAUUUCUCAGUUGUUUCCAAGUCUUCAGUGAAUUAUUGUUAGAUAUGAUGCAUUAAUACAGAUUUGAUGCUGUUGGGAUUUGACUAAUAAGCAGAUCUGUAAUUAAAAUUAUACUUAACUGGUAAUUAACUGUAUGCUGUUAUUAUUUCUAUGCUGAGAAAUCCACCACACCAGAAAACAUUUAAUAUCUUCUUUUCGCUUAUUUUUGAGAGGCAAGUGGCUGAUUUUGGGCUUGUUUUUUCAGACCAGGUUGCUUGUAAUCUUGGAAGAUCUGGCAACAGUGCAACUGGUGUUUCACCCACCCCUUUGUCAUUUGAAAAAGAACAUUAUUAACAUUUCUUUUAUUUUGUUCUAACCGGUUACCAUUUGAAAAGGAAACUGCAGAACUUCUGAACCGGAACAAAAUAAAUAUACUGUGUUUGCUCAGAACCUAAAUGAAAAACGUUGCAUUUUUAGUCCCUGGUAUUUCUAGUUGCCAGGCACACUUUUGUGCAGUGUGGACACGAGUAAACGUAUGAAUGUUUAAACUCGGGUGUAUGAGAAAUCAAAUCAAACAAGAAAUCAUGGCAUUGUCCUGGAAGAGAUGGUGAUCAAAUGACAGGAAUAUGUGCAGAUUCAAUGAAAUAAGAGGAGGUCGAGAAGAGACCUGCUGAGCCUGAGACACCUGUGAAUAUCUGUAUGCCAAAAUAACUAAACACAAAUGAACAUUUACAAACUGCUGGAAGGUUAAAACCAUAGCAAAGAGCGAAUUACAUGCAGGUUAGCAUUCAGGUUAUAUUACAGUUAGCUAGGCUAAUUUUUAAGGCAUUGAACUAUUGCAGAAUUAGAAUGGGUCUGAAUACAACUGAACCGGCAGUCUGUGUUGUGCAAAAUUCAACCCCCUAUCAAAACUAUAAUCUCCUUGGACCCCAAGGGAUAGAUGUUCAUAAUGCCUGACUAAAAAUCUGUUAUACUGUUACAGCGGAGCAAUAACGUCAAAAUUAGAAAGCACUUUGUUCAAUUAAAGCAUUCAGCUCACAUUCUUAACUAGAAAUAUCCCAAAAAAAAAAAGGACCAUUGUACUUACUGUUUGGUAGUUUUUUGUUGGUAUGUACAUCCUUAGAUAUUGUGA